CGCCUCAGGCCCGCAGGAAAGAGUGGGAAAUGGCUCGGUUUGGAGACGAGUCCGUUCCCAGCACGGUGGACUCCGGGGACGGGGACCUGGAGCCCAGUGGGGACGCGCAGGACCAGGCGGCGGCGGCACUGACCGCUUCCAUGAAACAAGCCAAGGCGCAGCGGGCCCGGACAAUGGCUCUGUACAACCCCGUCCCCCAUCGGCAGAACUGCCUCACCGUCAACAGGUCGCUCUUCAUAUUCGCAGAGGACAACUGCAUCAGGAAAUACGCAAGGAGGAUCAUUGAAUGGCCACCAUUUGAGUACAUGAUCCUGGCCACCAUCACCGCCAACUGUGUCGUCCUGGCGCUGGAGCAGCACCUCCCUGGAGAGGACAAGACCCCCAUGGCAAAAAGACUGGAGAAGACAGAGCCAUACUUUAUUGGGAUCUUCUGCUUUGAGGCGGGGAUCAAGCUGGUGGCCCUUGGUUUUGUUCUCCAUAAAGGUUCUUACCUGAGGAACGGCUGGAAUGUCAUGGACUUUAUAGUUGUGCUUAGUGGGAUCCUGGCCACUGCUGGUGCCCACAUGAACAUCCCAGUUGACCUUCGGACGCUGAGGGCUGUUCGAGUGCUGAGACCUCUCAAACUUGUCUCUGGGAUCCCCAGCCUCCAGAUUGUGCUGAAGUCCAUCAUGAAAGCCAUGAUCCCGCUGCUCCAGAUUGGCCUUUUGUUGUUCUUCGCCAUCCUCAUGUUUGCCAUCAUUGGUCUGGAGUUCUACAGCGGGAAGCUUCACCACACCUGCCUGCCAUCUGCCGACAUUCUCGAAAAUGAGACUGUUGACUCGUCAGAACUGGCUUUUGCAUGUGGAGUGAGGAAGUGUCCGGAGAGGUACGACUGCAACGACACUUGGAUCGGGCCCAAUGACGGCAUCACGCAGUUUGACAACAUCCUGUUUGCUGUGCUCACGGUCUUCCAGUGUAUCACCAUGGAGGGAUGGACAGCUGUUCUAUACAAUACCAAUGAUGCCUUGGGUGCCACAUGGAACUGGAUAUACUUUAUUCCUCUCAUCAUCAUUGGCUCAUUCUUUGUCCUGAACCUGGUGUUGGGAGUCUUGUCUGGAGAAUUUGCCAAGGAGAGAGAGAGGGUGGAAAACCGGCGGGCCUUCAUGAAGCUUCGCCGCCAACAGCAAGUGGAAAGAGAACUGAACGGCUACCGUGCCUGGAUAGACAGGGCAGAGGAGGUGAUGCUUGCAGAGGAGAAUAAAAAUUCAGGGAGAUCACCGUUGGAUGUGUUAAAGAGAGGGAGUAAGAAGACUGGUGCAAGAAGAGGAGCACCCGGGGAUGACGCGAAGUAUAUAGACAACAUGUCGCGAUCAAGGAUGAACUUCCGCAGCGGCCGCCGCGGCCCUGCUGCCUACCUGCGUCGCAAAGAGCGCAUGUUACGCAUCUCCAUCCGCCGCAUGGUGAAGACAGAUACUUUCUACCUGAUGGUGCUCAGUCUGGUGGCUCUGAACACCAUCUGUGUGGCCAUCGUCCACCACAACCAGCCCGACUGGCUGACCAUCUUCCUCUACUAUGCAGAGUUUGUUUUCCUGGGGCUGUUUUUGGCUGAGAUGUUUUUGAAAAUGUAUGGUCUGGGUUUCCGGCUCUACUUUCAUUCAUCUUUCAACUGCUUCGACUGUGGGGUUAUUGUUGGCAGCAUCUUUGAGGUGGUUUGGGGUUUCUUCAGACCUGGCAUGUCGUUUGGUAUCAGUGUUCUACGGGCUCUGAGACUUCUGAGGAUUUUUAAGAUCACAAAGUACUGGGCCUCCCUCAGGAACUUGGUUGUGUCCCUCAUGAGUUCCAUGAAGUCCAUCAUCAGCCUGCUGUUUCUUCUUUUCCUCUUCACUGUGGUGUUUGCUCUACUGGGGAUGCAGCUUUUCGGAGGAAGGUUCAUCUUUGAAGAAUACACUCCCACCAAUUUUGAUACGUUUCCAGCUGCCAUCAUGACAGUGUUUCAGAUUCUGACAGGUGAGGACUGGAAUGAGGUCAUGUACAACGGGAUUCGCUCACAGGGAGGUGUGCAGUAUGGCAUGUGGUCAUCCAUCUACUUCAUUGUCCUCACACUGUUUGGAAACUACACACUGCUAAAUGUCUUCUUGGCCAUCGCUGUGGAUAAUCUGGCCAACGCGCAGGAACUGACAAAGGAUGAAGAAGAGGAAGAGGAGUUCUUCAAUCAGAGAUAUUCCAGAGGCAGAGACGGCUUGAUCUCAGAUGGGCGAAGAAGACCCUACCUGUACAGGAAACGGGCGAUACACAGAGGUCGUCCAAAUUUCCCAGAGGAACCCGAGAUUGUGACGGCAGCUGCAGAUGAACAGCCUCUCAAUGGCUCCAAUGCCUUCGCCAACCGCCGUGAGAGGAGGAGAAAAGUUAACAUGUCAGUGUGGGAGCAGAGAGCCAACCAGCUACGCAAACGCCGCCAGAUGGCGAGCAGAGAGGAGCUGUUUGCCAGCCCUACAGAGGACACCACUGAAACUCCCACUAACGCCCAUGUACCUGCCAUUUCCCCAGAGGUGAGUCCAGGUCACUUACCUGAGUCUCCCAUGUCGGUUGGGAUGCCUCUCCCUGAGCCCCCAAUGUCCAUCUCCAUCCCCAUCCCUGAGCCUCCUGUGGCUGAGCCGCUGGUAAACCUGAAUGAGGAGAAAACUGGAGUAGCUAACCACCGGACUACAGGUGGGGGCAGGCACAGGAUGGCCCGCAAGUUCAGGCCCAGUCAGGGCCCGGAGGAAGGGGCCCGACACAGACGCCACCGGCACCGUGAGGCUCGCACUGAAGUCAAGAGUCUGGACUGUGCUCAAUCGCCCCAUGAGGUGCCACAAGUGACACGCUCGUUCAGCCAGGAGCGGAAGAUACUGGAUGAGAGGGAUGAAAGAGAGGAAAGAGUGAAAGCAGAGGAAGAAGGAGGGUCCAUCCAAGACGACAGUGAAACGUGCAUCGUCAAUCCAUAUGCAGAAGUUGGAGAAGAAUGCAGAAGAGCUGUUGUUCCCGGCGCAGAAAUCCCUGAUCCUCCUCAGUGUGAGCCACUUCUUGACUGCACCUGGUCAGAGCACCAUGAAGGCAAACACACAGACCAGCACGAGUCCCUGUGUCAAAACAUCCCAGUGGAGCCGGCCUUAGAGGCCACGGAGUAUACUGUGAGUGCCAUGGUGUCUGAACACUGCCCAGUCUCCGUCAAACACAGUAAGUCCAACCUGGAGGGAAGUGUUGUCAUCGAGAUGUCUGCACAACCACUGCUGGAGCUCACCCCGAUGACAGUGAACAGUAAAGAGCUGGAGGCUUACCAGUCUGAGCAGAGACGGAGGGAGGAGGAGGAGGAGGAGGAGGAGGAGGAGGAGGAGGAGGAGGAGGAAGAACCUCCAAUUCCACCCAAACCUGUUGCCCCUGACAGCAUGUUCAUCUUCAAGGCGUCCAACCCCAUCAGAAGGAUUUGCCACUAUGUGGUCACUCUACGCUACUUUGAGAUGACCAUCCUGCUUGUGAUUGUGGCGAGCAGCAUUGCACUGGCUGCUGAGGAUCCUGUGUGCACCAACUCAGACAGAAACAAGGUCCUCCGUUAUUUUGACUACGUCUUCACCGGAGUGUUCACCUUUGAAAUGAUCAUUAAGAUGAUAGACCAGGGUCUCAUUCUUCACGACGGCUCUUAUUUCCGAGACAUGUGGAACAUACUGGACUUCAUCGUGGUGGUGGGAGCUCUGAUUGCUUUUGCUCUAACGAAUGUGAUGGGAAACAACAAAGGCAGAGAUAUCAAGACAAUAAAGUCUCUCAGAGUUCUGAGAGUCCUGCGACCGCUUAAAACAAUCAAAAGACUUCCUAAACUCAAGGCUGUUUUUGACUGCGUCGUCACAUCACUGAAGAACGUCUUCAACAUCCUCAUCGUGUACCAGCUCUUCAUGUUCAUCUUUGCCGUCAUUGCGGUGCAGCUGUUUAAGGGGAAGUUCUUCUUUUGCACUGACAGCUCCAUGAAUUCGGAGAAGGAAUGUCAAGGCUACUACAUCGACUACAGCAGAGACAAAAAGGAGGUGAAGAGGAGAGAGUGGAAGAGGCACGAGUUUCAUUACGACAACAUCUGCUGGGCCCUGCUCACGCUUUUCACUGUCUCAACAGGAGAGGGAUGGCCUCAGGUCCUGCAGCACUCAACUGAUGUAACAGAGGAGAACAUGGGGCCAAGUCGGGGGAAUCGAAUGGAGAUGUCAGUUUUCUACGUAGUUUACUUUGUGGUCUUUCCGUUCUUCUUUGUCAACAUCUUCGUGGCUCUGAUCAUCAUCACCUUCCAGGAGCAGGGUGAUAAGAUGAUUCAGGAGUGCAGUCUGGAGAAGAACGAGAGGGCGUGCAUCGACUUUGCCAUCAGUGCCAAACCGAUGACCCGCUUCAUGCCCCAGAACAGACAAACCUUCCAGUACAGACUGUGGCACUUUGUGGCAUCGCCCUCGUUUGAGUACACAGUGCUCGUCAUGAUCGCCCUCAACACUGUGGUCCUCAUGAUGAAAUACCAUUCAGCACCAACGGCAUACGAUACAGUCCUGAAACACCUGAACACAGCUUUCACCGUCCUCUUCUCCAUGGAGUGUAUACUUAAAAUUAUGGCGUUUGGUUUGGUGAACUACUUUCGAGAUACUUGGAAUAUCUUUGAUUUCAUCACCGUCCUUGGCAGCAUCACAGAGAUAAUUGUGGAUUUACAGUCAGUGAACACCAACAUCAACAUGAGUUUCCUGAAGCUUUUCCGAGCAGCCAGGUUGAUCAAGCUGCUGAGACAGGGUUACACCAUCCGUAUUCUGCUGUGGACCUUUGUGCAAUCGUUUAAGGCUCUUCCCUAUGUGUGUCUUCUCAUUGCUAUGCUUUUCUUCAUAUAUGCUAUUAUUGGAAUGCAGGUGUUUGGAAACAUCAAGCUGAAUGAUGAGAGUCACAUCAAUCAGCACAACAAUUUUAGGACAUUUUCCAGUGCACUCAUGCUUCUGUUCAGGAGUGCGACAGGAGAGUCCUGGCAGGAGAUCAUGCUCUCCUGUCUGUCAGGUCAGGAGUGUGAACCUGACCCCUCCAUCGCACCCCUCACCAUGUCUCCUGACCAUGAGGGAGGCUGCGGGACUGACUUUGCUUACUGUUACUUCGUCUCCUUCAUCUUCUUCAGCUCAUUCCUGAUGCUAAAUCUGUUUGUGGCCGUGAUUAUGGAUAACUUUGAGUACCUGACCCGAGACUCGUCAAUCCUUGGACCCCAUCACCUGGACGAGUUUGUCCGUAUCUGGGGGGAGUAUGACCGUUUGGCAUGUGGUCGUAUCCACUAUACAGCCAUGUACGAGAUGUUAACACACAUGUCACCACCCCUCGGCCUGGGAAAAAAGUGUCCUGCAAAAAUUGCCUAUAAGAGGUUGGUGUUGAUGAACAUGCCUGUGGACGAGGACAUGAGCGUCCACUUCACCUCCACUCUGAUGUCACUCAUCCGCACAGCUUUGGACAUCAAAAUAGCUCGAGGUGGUGAAGACCGUAUUGCUCUGGAUAGUGAACUACAGAAAGAGAUCAGUAUCAUUUGGCCGUAUCUUCCCCAAAAGAACUUGGAUCUUCUGGUACCUAUCAACAAAGAUACGGACAUGACAGUGGGGAAGAUCUAUGCUUCGAUGAUGAUAAUGGAUUACUUCAAACAGAACAAGGCUAAGAAACUGAGGCAGCAGCUAGAAGCACAGAAGAGUAGCCUGAUCUUUAAGCGUCUGGAUGCCUCUGCACUACCAGAGGACAUUCUCUCCAACACCCAGCCUCUGCCACUGAUGGCUCACAGUGCUGGUUCAGCCCUGACCAGAGGAGGCUUUGUGGCACUGAGCCCGAUCUCACCACAGGAGCUGUUUUUGCAGCCAAUGAGCUCCGACACUGAUGCCAGUCAACAGCAGAAUCUGGUGGGCGUGUGCAGAAGGGGGAUUGAAGCCCCACUGGAGUUUCCACUGGGGAAGGGCCUGUGUGUGCGGGCUUCUUCCAUGCCCCGUCUGGCUGUAGAGUCGCAGCAAACCGAGGUGGCAAGUGGCUCCAUGAAGCGUUCCGUGUCAAUUGUGGGGGAUGAGCGAGUGAAUGGUGUUUGGCAGGAGGAGAAAAGUCCUGAGCGGUUGUAUCGGCCUCGUCACAAAAGCUACAAGGCUGCUGUUUCUAGGUCAGAACACUGGAAGCAGGGCGACAGGGAGCGUGGCCGAUCAAAGGAGCGCUGUCACCUCCUUUCUCCAGACACAUCUCGCUGUAACUCAGAGGAAAGAAGCUUGCAGCCGUCACGCUCCUCCAGUGUAGAGAGAGCACACGCUCAGGAUAAACAGGGCAACAGCUCAGAAAGUCCAGUGCCCUCAACCUCAGAGUCCAGCACUCCCAGUGGCCGGCGACCUUUAUCGCAACCCCGCUCUCGCCCUCAUAUCUCCUACUCCCCACUCGUGUGUCGCACACAAGUGUCUGUCGGUGAAGAUGAGGAUGAACAGGACAGCCCAGAGACCAUGAGGCGAAGAAAGCCCACCUGGCAGACCAAAGAGGGAGCAGGAGAGAGGCAGGCCGAGGCUGGCCGACACCAGUCCCCACCUCGACGUUACCCAUCUGAGCCUUUCCUGGCCUCGCAAGAGGACGACCACAGCCCAGAUCCAACUGGUCCCAUUGAGACCUUGACCUUUGAGGCAGCUGUGGCCUGCAGCCUGGGACGCUCAAACACCGUCAGCUCUGCCCGCCCACGUUUGCGGACUGGCUGGCAGGUCCCCAACGGACACUUCCGUAAACGUCUAGCACAGACGGCCUCAGUUGCAGGCUGUGAUCCUCUCAGCGACACAGAGGAGGACGACAGAUGCUAGGGAAAGGAGUCACAGCAUGAAAGAGGAGGGAGAAUCCCAGAGAGGUGUGAAGAGGAAGAUGUACGACAGUGUACAGAGAGAAGGUUAUUGUGACUCUAUUUACAACACAGCUUUGAGGCCAUGAGCUCUUAUGGAUGUUUGGUCAAAUGUGAACCCAAAAAACAAUGAAGAAGAAUAAUACUUCCCGAAACUGUAGUUGCCAAUUCACACAGAACACUGACAAUACAUAAGGUCUAUUUCCUGACUUGUACUUGAUAAUAGAAAGUAAUAAUGCAUUUCAAAUAGUCACGGGAUGCAGAAAACGAAAUAAAUAAACAUAAAUGGAUGAGAAUAUGUCAUUUGUGUUAAUAUAAGAUAUUUUCAGUUCUGGAGAUGUUUCUAACUAAUUCAGUAUUUAUCUGUGGGGUGUGUGAAUAUGUAACUACUUUUUCUUAUAAAUAACAUGUUUUGUAAAUACAUUGUGAUUACCACACCACUGCCAUUGAGGAGACCAGAUUAAUACAACAAGCCAUCAUGAAAAGAUGAUCUGAUACUUUACAAGACAAUUUGGAUACUAAUACUCAAUAAUGCUGGAUUUUUUAACAGUGUGAAUGAAUAUGCUGGGGAAAACUGCUUGAUUCUCCCCGUUGUUGUUUUUUUUUUGGUAUUGCAUAUGAUAAAUUGUGAGAUAUGAAUACAGUUUUAGAAUAACAUAGAAAAGAUGCUUAUUUGUUAUUUUACCCUGUGUUUUGUAAAUCAAGUAUCCUCCAAACCACAAACAGUUCUUUAUUAUGCUUCAAAACUUACUUUUGUUUCACCAGUUUUCACCUUUUUAUUGAGAACUUUUCAAUGAUGUUUAACAUAUUUUUUUUUUCGGUAAGUAAUUUUACAUGGCUUAAUUGGAAAACAAAUGACCUUUCAGUUGUUCUUCCUUGUGAAUAUUGUACGAACCAUUGCAGAUGAUAGAGAACACUAGAGACACAACAUGACACGUUUUGCUUCAUAAGUUAACAUUACUUUUACUCACUAAUAAUGUACAGAGAAAGUAUACCGUUUGUAACAUUUAGAGGGAAAAAAAUAAACACUGUCAGCUCAUGAGCUUUAAAGGUAAGGGAAUCUUUAAAGAUGAUUAUUUUAAGAUUUGUGUGUUUUAUUUGCCUGAAGACGGCCAAUUCUGUGAGAAUCACUUAACCAAAAAUAUGAAGAUUUGUAUCAUAAAUUCCUGGAAUGCAAAUAAUGUGUGGGUUUUUAUGUGUACAAUAGCUGUAUAUAACAAAAUAAAGCUGUCCUCAAGU